GCGUCGUUGGAUAAUAUGACCAAGUGUGACACGACACGAUCCUACUGAACCGGACGAGAAAGUCUGUAUUUCUAAAGAAGACGAUUGGUUACUGACGAUGGUGUCUAUGCAUCACAGUAUUCGAUCUCCCGCUAUAAAUAUUGUCUCCCGCUUUCAUUUUUCUUCACAAUUGGCUUUGCGAUCUGCGUAUCGCCCUUACAUUUCAAAGCCUCGCCAGAAGCGCUCUUCUAGUGUUGUUUCUGUGAAUCUCCAUAGAAAGAAUUUUGGUGUUUACCUUUUAAAGAAAAGCGAGUUAACUGCACCGUUAAAAAGGGCCCAGGAGGAAGAGAAGAAAGAAGCGAUGACGAUCAAACCAGUGGUAAAAAUCGCCGACAGGAAGGUAAUCGUCAAAGACAGGACGAUUCUGACCGGAGUACCGGACAAUGUGAUCGCCACGUCCGGUUCAGCCUCAGGCCCGGUGGAUGGAAUCUUCCUCGGCGCGGCGUUCGAGGAGGAGAACAGCAAGCAAGUGGUCUCGUUAGGCACUUUGCGGGACGUCCGGUUCAUGGCUUGCUUCCGGUUCAAGCUCUGGUGGAUGGCCCAGAAAAUGGGCGACCAAGGGAGGGACAUUCCUCUCGAGACUCAAUUCCUUCUGGUGGAAACCAAGGACGGCACCCCCCUCGAACCGGACGAUGGAAAUGAAGAAAAUCAGAUCGUCUACACUGUUUUCCUACCUCUGAUCGAAGGAUCUUUCCGAUCUUGCUUGCAAGGCAAUGUCAACGACGAGCUCGAGCUUUGCCUCGAGAGUGGCGACAGCGACACUAAAGCGUCGUCGUUUCAGCACUCUGUUUUCAUCCACGCCGCGACAGAUCCUUUCCUCGCAAUUCACGAGGCAGUCAAAGCCGUGAAACUCCACCUGAAGACUUUCCGGCAACGCCAUGAGAAAAAAUUGCCUGCAAUCGUCGAUUACUUCGGUUGGUGUACCUGGGACGCCUUUUAUCAAGAAGUGACACAGGAAGGAGUCGAAGCCGGCCUCGAGACCCUUGCCGCCGGCGGCGCUCCAGCUAAAUUCGUGAUCAUCGACGACGGAUGGCAAUCAGUCGGCGGCGAUCCACGAGAAGAAGAUACCAGUAAUCAGGACAACCAACCUGCGCAGUUGCUAAGGUUGACCGGGAUCAAGGAGAACGACAAGUUCCAAAAGAAAGACGAUCCGACGGUCGGGAUCAAGAACAUCGUCAACAUAGCGAAAGAGAAAUACGGAUUGAAAUACGUGUACGUAUGGCACGCGAUAACUGGAUACUGGGGAGGAGUCCGACCCGGCGUGAAGGAGAUGGAGGAGUACGAUUCGGCGUUGAAGUUCCCGAUGGUGACCAAAGGUGUUGUGGAGAACGAGCCGACGUGGAAGAACGAAAUAAUCGCACUUCAGGGAGUCGGGGUUGUGAACCCGAAAAAAGUAUACAAGUUCUACAACGAGCUUCACAGUUAUCUGGCGGCUGCCGGGAUUGAUGGUGUGAAGGUCGACGUGCAGUGCUUGUUGGAGACUCUCGGUGCCGGUUUGGGUGGCCGGGUCGAGUUGACUCGGCAAUACCAUCAAGCCCUUGAUUCGUCCGUUGCAAGGAAUUUCCCUGACAAUGGUUGCAUCGCUUGCAUGAGCCACAAUACUGAUGCACUCUACUGCUCGAAGCAGACGGCGGUGGUGAGAGCAUCAGAUGAUUUCUUUCCACGUGAUCCAACUUCCCACACCAUUCAUAUUGCUGCGGUUUCAUACAACAGUGUGUUCCUUGGAGAGUUCAUGCUACCUGAUUGGGACAUGUUCCACUCGCUCCAUCAAGCGGGUGAGUACCACGCAUCAGCCAGGGCCAUUAGUGGUGGGCCAGUCUACGUUAGCGAUGCUCCUGGGAAGCACAACUUUGAGUUGCUAAAGAAGCUGGUCCUCCCAGAUGGGUCCAUUCUUAGGGCCCGUUUGCCUGGCCGGCCCACUAAAGAUUGUUUAUUCACUGACCCAACCCGAGAUGGUGUUAGCUUGUUGAAAAUAUGGAACAUGAACAAGUACACUGGGGUGCUGGGAGUCUACAACUGCCAAGGAGCAGCAUGGAACAGUGUUGAAAGAAAGAACACCUUCCACCAAACCGGAAGUGAGGCCUUAACCGGUGCCAUCAGGGGUCGAGAUGUCCAUCUCAUCGCUGAAGCUGCGAUCGGCCCUGACUGGAAUGGUGAUUGUGUUGCUUACUGUCACCGGAGCGGCGAACUUGUGAGCUUGCCUUACAAUGCAUCAUUGCCAGUUUCCCUCAAGGUCCUUGAGCAUGACAUUUUCACUGUGACGCCCAUCAAAGUUAUAACUCCUGGCUUCAGCUUUGCACCUCUGGGUCUGAUCAAUAUGUUCAAUGCUGGUGGUGCCAUUGAUGGGCUUGAAUACCAACUCAUAGAUGCUACCUGCAAGGUUUCAAUGGAGGUUAAAGGAUGUGGAAAGUUUGGUGCUUACUCAUCGGCUCAGCCGAAACGAUGCAUUGUGGAUUCGAUUGAGGUUGAUUUUGAAUAUGAUUCAUCGUCCGGGCUGGUGAAAUUCAAUCUGGAUAGCCUGCCUGAGGAGGGCAAGAAACGUGCAGUUGAAGUGGAGUUAGUUUUGAUGAAUGUUAGGCUGUAGGAUGGAGGUCUGGUAGGGCAUUUCAUGGAAGGAGAUUUGACAAUUUUCCCUUUGAAUUAGCAGUUGUCAUCUUGAAUCUUAUGUAGUUGGAACUUGGAAAGGGAAAUUUUAAAUAAAGUUUUAUUCUUCUCCUUUGAUACACGCAAAAGAACUCCAAUCCAUGUCUAGUCUGUUAGUUCUCCUUCAGUAAUAAAAAUUUUCAUGCUUUUAAUGUAA